AUGCCGCAGAACGAAUAUAUAGAAAGGCAUAUCGCCCUUCAUGGGCGGCGUUUCGAUCAUGAAACGAGGACCCGCAAGAAGGCCGCGAGGGCGGCUCAUACGAUGAGCAAGAAAGUACAGAAGAUGCGUGGCAUCAAGGCCAAGAUCUUCAGGAUGCGGCGGUACGCGGAGAAGGUCGAGAUGAAGAAACAAAUCAAGAACAAUGAGGAAAAGGAGGCCAAGGAGGAAGUGGUUGCGUCCGGUGAAGGCGCCAUACCUGCCUACCUGCUCGAGAGAGGGGAGGUUAAUCGCACGAAGAUCCUGUCGAACAUGAUCAAACAAAAACGUAAGGAGAAGGCCGGGAAGUGGAACGUUGUCCGGCAAAUGAACGAGGCCGAAAUGUUCAGAGUUAUGAAGUCCGGCAAGCGCAAGAAGAAGCAGUGGAAGCGCAUGGUAGACAAAGUCUGCUUCGUACCGGAGGACUACACACGAAAGCCGCCAAAGUACGAAAAGUACAUUCGGCCCACCGGACUGCGAUUCAAAAAAGCGCACGUCACCCACCCGGAGCUGAAAACCACAUUCUUCUUGGACAUAAUUUCCGUCAAGAAGAAUCCGCAAUCGCACCUCUACACGAGCCUUGGGGUGAUUACGAAGGGUACCAUCAUCGAGGUUAACGUGAGCGAGCUGGGUCUGGUCACGCAAACCGGAAAGGUCGUAUGGGCGAAAUAUGCCCAGGUCACCAACAACCCGGAAAACGACGGAUGCAUCAACGCAGUGCUGCUAGUGUGA